GGUAGAAUGACUAAACGAAUCAAAACAUUAUUUUUAAGUAUUUGGAAUUUUCUUUUAAACCUUCUAAUUUGCUUAUAUCACUGUUUAUCUGAUGUAAUCAUGUCAGGGGGGUUGUUAUCUGUUAAUUAUGAGGUGUUUGGCCAAGUUCAAGGAGUUUUCUUUCGGCAGAAUACAGUUGAUACAGCUAGUGCCCAGGGCUGUGUAGGCUGGGUUAGAAAUACCCAUAAAGGGACUGUGGAAGGUGUAGUACAAGGAAACAGAACACAAAUAGAUUUUAUGAAACACUGGUUAAGUCAUGUUGGAAGUCCUUUUUCAAGAAUCGACAAAUGUAACUUUUCCAACGAAAGAAGCAUUGCCUCUCUUGAAUUCAAGCGUUUUGGUGUUCGAUGAUAUAAUUGAUGCUGAAAAAAAGUUAUGAUAAAUUCCUGUUAUUAGUGAAACUAAAAUUCUUGGACUGCCCUGGAGUGUUUGACUGUUUGUUCAAUGUUGACUAAUACUAAUACAAGUUUUGUUUCGUGCCAUAACUGUUACGUUGAGUAGUUAAUAAGCCUAUGAAAACUGGUGAAAACCUUUAAUUUGAAAAUAAAAGAGAAAAGACAUUAAGGAGAUGAUAGAACUGAACGUGAUAAUUGGAAGAGAGAUAAACAAAGUAUUUUUUGUUCUCAAUAUCAAGAAUUAAGUAAUUGAACAAGA